AUGGUGAGGCACGAACAAGGUGGUAUGCAUCGUCAUCAUCAGGCUCAUCUUCAUCAUCACAUAUCUGAGUUCCUGAACUACAGAUCACUUUAUAUUGCACCUAGAAACAUUUCAACAUCUGCCACCGUCGGCUCCACCUCUCUCUCCAACCUCUGCCACUGUCCGCUCAAUAGGCGUUGUUUAUACGUGUGUGUGGUUAAGCAUGGUAAGUGGCCUAAUUCUGAUCGUUGUGACUACUUAGGAGCCACAUCUGCGCAAGAAGGGAUCAACUCUGGUAGAUUCAGGAAUCCAAUCCCGCUGCCUAGGGUGUUUGGGCAAGAGCAGUUGUCAAGUACUUCGUUCAAGAACGAAACUGAUGAAUGUUUUAUUGCGAAAAGGAAGCCUCAUGAGGCCCAUUCCGUUUUCAAGGGUUUAGCGGAAGAAGGACACAGGCCAACUCUUAUAACCUACACAACUCUAGUAGCUGCUUUGACAGGCCAGAGGCGUUUCAAGUCUAUUCCCUUGCUCCUCUCUGGUGGAGAGAAUGGUAUGAAGCCCGAUUCAUCACUUUUUAAUGCCAUGAUCAAUGCUUCCUCUGAAUCUGGAAAUAUCAACGAUGCCAUAAAAAUCUUUCAGAAAAUGGAGAAGAGUGGAUGUAAGCCCACAACCAGCAUUUUUAAUACUCUUAUCAAAGGAUAUGGAAUUGCUGGUAAACCUGAAGAAUCUUUAAAACUGAUAUAG